AUUUUAGGGUUCUAUGGGGUUUUGAUUUUAGGGCUUUCCCAUGGAGAAGCGCAGGCGAUCGCACGCCAUCCACAAGCGGGCAUGCUUCGCGAAGCUGGGCCCUGGGGCGAGGAAGGGGAAGACUACGAGCCCUAAUUCUUCCCCGGGACCUGCGAAUUUGGACAAGUAUUUGAAUGAAGAGGGGGAGUUGUGGGCGGAAAGAGUUUGUGGCGCAGUGAUAGCCAUGGCGUGUUUGAAGAUGGUGGCUAUGGAGCGUGCUGCCACCCUUGGUGACCUGAAGCUGGCCGGGGUUUUGAGUUGGGAAACUCUCCAGGGCAUUUCGAUUGCUCUUGAGGAGUUUAGAGAGCAACGGCUUUCUGCUCGUCUGGCGGAAUAUCAAAAUCAUUGAAGAAAAGAGAUGUGUUUUCUCUUUCUCAAGUUCUCAAGGACAAGAGAAGACAUUGCAAGCAGGCCCCUUUUUGGAACUGAAAGAAUUCAAGACAUGUAGUCGGUAAAUCACUCUUCUCUACGAUAAAGCUUAGCGUGUAGGGUGCUACUGUAGUGUCAAGCCAAGUGUAAGUGCUGUAGUUGCAAGAGUUUUUUUCAAUGUUUGAGUUGGACAUUGCAAGAAAGUAUUCCAUUCUUCA